AUGGGCUGCGAAAUAUUUGUUAAACUGGCGCUUUUAAUUUGUUUCAUUGCUGGCACUUUCGCCUGCAGUUCGAUGCAGGGUAAGUCAGAAUACUACUUGCUUUAUAAGCGCGCAUUUUUGGUAUGCGUUUUACGUUUUAUGCGGUAUUCAGUGUCGUUUAGUAAGUGCACGCCGUUUUAUACUGCCACCGCAUUCGGCGAUCGAUGCAAAUAUUUCAAAAUUCACUGCGUAGUCACGUUUAGCUGAGAAAUUAUGUUUAGCCUUUUAGGUGAGCUGUUGAAUUCUGUAUUCAUGAGCUAUUUUGAAAGUAACAGCAGAAUGUAGUUGUUAAGUACAAAUACGUUUAAUUCAAGAAAAAUUAUAUUAAUUUUUAUAAUUUACCUUAGUAAUAGCAAAAGUGUCAGAAUACACACAGUAAUUAUUUUAAUCGGCGCCGACAUCGCCGCAUACCGUAAAGUCCCACAAUAUUUUUCGUUUGGCUGUAUGGUACAGCACCAGUACGCCCAUUGUGUUUGUCAAGUGGUUAGGGGAUGUCUGCACACAACUAAGGGACCAUCAUUUCGUAUCUGCUUGAUCACUUAACCGGGUUUAGACACGAUAGUGUAACAUGCAAUGUGAUGCGCUUGAUACGUUUUAGUAUAUGCCUUUCUUAGUUUAUGUAUGGUACUAGAUGCGGUGAAAUCUAUGCACGUUAUUUUAGACUACCACUGUCAAUGCGUAUUUUCGAAAUCCACACUAAAUUCAUGACCAGUCGAGAAAUGGCGUUAGGUUCAUUAGGAAAACGGCCGAAAUCCAUUCGUAUGUAGAUAUUCUGGAAGUAAUGUGUUUGGAAACACUAACCGUCUCCUUAAGUAUUUGAUUAAUUUUGGCCAUCUGCAUUCUAAUAAGCUUAACCCAAAAGUAAGAAAUGUCAGUUUAUGUAUUUUGUCAUCAUAAUAUUUUGUAUGUUGAAGGUCAUAUAAUCUAAUCACUUUAGUCGACGCUAACAUUAACACACGCGGUAAAGUGUCUCCGGCUGCCUUAUUUUCCGAAAUGGCGCGAGAUCAAAUGAAACGGCUCGUGUAAAUAAUUGAACCCACUACGCCAGACAAACGGAUCCAUUGUAUAAAAACAUACAAGCCAUGAUCUAAACAUUUUCUUUUAUUUGAUGAGUUACCCUACACAUGACAUGCCUUGCUAAACCCAAAGAUGUCGGCUUGAAUUUGAGGUACGCAGCGUGUGUUUUACCAAUGAUGUCUCAACGAGGUAAAUUACAGACUAGAGAAUUAUGAAAAAUUUAAUAAGAAUCGUCUGGCCUGUUUAGUACUCUUCAAAUUGCACAUGUCGAAUUAAAUAUGGAAUUGCAUCUCCCAUUAUUAAACAAAACCUUCUUCUAGAAAAUCGUCCCAGAAUCCCAGAUCUAUACGUGGUGGGGAAUUUCCUUCAGCGUAGCUUUGCAGCUUUGAACAAUUUGUUGAGUUCUGUGAGAGAACGCCCAGGUCCAUUGUCAUUAACCAUGACUUUCGGUGAUAUGACGUGGAUAGAACACUGUCGUAUGCAGCGCAUCGUUGACGCAGAAGAAUACAAUUGCAAUGGCAUAACUAUUCCAGCAUACUUCUACAGAAAACGCGUAAGCUGAUCUACUUUACGAAAAACUAACAAGAAGCCCUUGUCAGUUGUAUGUUCAGCUAGGAAGUCCCUUCAUAGCUAUCAGCUGAUGUUGCAUUGUUUUCUUCCAGAGUAGAAAUGUGGAAUGGAAUUUUUGGAUAAUCAAGGUUAUACACUUCGCUGAUAUCAAGGUGAACAUUACCGGACGAAUGGAGCCUGGAAGUAAAAACCGCGGUUGCACAAUCGACACUCUGACUCUGACAACGGAGGCCGAACAGAAUAUUGCAGACGUCAGUUUGCCAAUGGACUAUCUAAGGAAAACGCUUGUGUGGAACCUUAUAUAUUUGGAAAGCAAAAUUCCAGGGGCCUGCUAA